GUUUCAGAUAAUUAAUUUAGACGGAAAUAAUUUGACUUGUAAGCCAAAUCACAAAAUAAGCACAUAAAGCGAGGGAUUUGGGGCCUCUUCUUUGGUAAGAAGAAAGGUGAAUAUGUGAUACUGCUCAACAUGCAAAAAAGUCCAGAUAUCAGGGUUUGAUUGUGCUUUCUUAUCGCCACAUCCCUCUUUAAACUUUUGAUGCAUCAUUUUACAAUUGUGUCACGUGAAAUUAUUGUUUUGAAGUUGAAUUCAGUUUUCCUCAAAAACAGAUACAUGCUGACUUUAUAUCUCAAAUACUAGUAUCUUCUUAUUUUCAGGUUUGACUGGUUUUCUGGGAGGAAUCAAGUAUAAAGGAAAAAACUAAAAUGACAGAUCUCCACGUUUCUACACCUUACAAUCCAUUGAGCCAUAAACCAAUAGGUUAUGUGAGAUCUCUAUUUGCAUUCAAGAAUGGAACCCCACGACAAGCCUCAGUGUGUACAAACGCAAAAGCAGUAAUUGCGAUAGAGAAGUCUGUAUUCAAUAAUCCAGAACAUUCAUUACAAGGACUCGAAGCGUUCUCUCACGUGUGGGUGAUAUUUCUAUUCCAUAAAAACAAUAACUCUCAUAGAAAAGCAAAGGUGGCACCACCGAGACUGAAUGGGGCAAAGGUUGGAGUUUUUUCAACACGGAGCCCCUACAGGCCGAACCCUAUAGGAUUAUCACUGUGCCGUGUUGCUCACAUUGAGGGAAAUCAGGUCCACCUAUCUGGGAUUGACAUGCUAGAUGGCACCCCUGUGUUGGAUAUUAAGCCGUAUAUACCACAAUAUGAUGCACCAGUCCUGCAUGAGGCAAAUAGCAAUGAAGAUACAGUAUGUUCUCCAAAUGAAAGAGUUUAUGAACCACAAGCCAUUCCUUCAAUUAUUUCAGGUGGACAAAUAGAUCUGGAAUUAGAAAAAAUUCAAAUAAGUGUUAAGUCCACAUCAGGUGCAUCUGUUUCUCAUAGUCAUCAGUUAGACCUCAAGUCAGGUCAGAGUCAAACGUCUACUUCAAAUUCAUCAGCUUCAAACUGUCAUCUGUCAGAAAUACAGUCAGAUUCAAAUUCGUCAGCUUCAAACUGUCAUCUGUCAGCAAUAGAGUCAGAUUUAAAUUCGUCAGCUUCAAACUGUCACCUGUCAGCAAUAGAGUCAGAUUUAAAUUCAUCAGCUUCAAACUGUCAUCUGUCAGAAAUAGAGUCAGAUUUAAAUUCGUCAGCUUCAAGCUGUCAUCUGUCAGCAAUAGAGUCAGAUUUAAAUUCGUCAGCUUCAAACUGUCAUCUGUCAAGACUUGAGUCAGAUCAGAGUCAAACGUCUACUUCAGAUUCAUCAUUUUCAAACUGUGAUCUGUCUGACUCUGUAUCAAACAAGAGUCAAAUUUCAAAUUCAAAUUCUUCACUUUCUAAUAAGCCUAGCGUUCAGUCAGAUAAAAGUGACAGCAUUUCAUCAGUUGAUAGCAGUGGCCAAUUGAGCAUUCAAUCAGAUAAGAGUCAAACCUCUAUUUCAAAUUCAACUAUUUCAUGCAGUUACCAGUCAGAAAAACCUAAUGAAAAAAUAUGCUUACAUGAUAUUGAUGAAUCUAUAAAAUCUGCUCAGUGGAUAACAUCGCCACCUAUUGACAAACUUCGAGUUUGUUUCACAGGACGUGCCAAAUCUCAACUUCAAAAAUUUAGCUUGAAUGCAACUGGAAAUAACUUGCAAGAUUACUUUUUAAAUUUUUUCGAUAGCAGUGACCAAUUGGAGCAAGCUAUAUGUGAAAUAUUGCAGGCUGAUCCACGCUCGUCAUAUAGACGUAAAAACUGUACAGAUUCGCUGUAUUAUUUUUGCGUAGAUAAUGCUCAUGUGACUUGUUGGUUUGAUGGUGAUAUGGUAGAGGUGGUCAAAGUCAAACCAAUAUCAAAUUCGAUCUUGGCUGGAAAAACUUAAGAGUGUAUGUUUACUUGUUUAGGGAGGAUUCAUUUUAUAAGAAAGGGAAUACUGUAGAUACACUUAUUUUGACUUUACUUAAAGGGACAAAGUGCGUAAAUGAAGUCUCACUUUUGAUCUUCAUAGUACAGUAGUAGGCUAUUUCCAAUGGAUUAAUAAGUACUUGAUCUUUCAUUUGACACGAAAAACAACUCAAAUAGACCAUAUCAGAGUUGACACUAGUUCAUGAAAAAAUAUUUUUGAUCUAUCAAUUUAUAGAUUUCAAAUUUUUAGCAAUGCCAUAGAAAGAUGGCAUUGUUGUUUGUAUUAAUUGUCCAUUCAUUUUUGAUAGGAUUUCAACCAUACGCCAUCUUUUAGUCCAAUAGUUAUUUAAAAACGUAAACUUUGUGAAAAGUGGUAAUUCACUUCUUUUGAUCUCUGAACUUCAAAUGCUGUUUUCUAUGCGAGUAAUUUUUUUUCACUUCAGUAUUGACCCAAAUUAAAGUUUUUUGAUUGACUGUGUGAGUGACAUGUCUCAAGUAAUAUUUUGUCUUUUUUCCUUCAAAAAUAAGCGCAUUUCAAAUAUUGUGGCUAUUUAAUUUGGCGGAUUGGAUUUAGGACUGAAGUUAAAUUUUUGUUAAUGAUGAUUAUGAUUAUUAGAUGUUUAUGUCAUUGGAACAGUUGUUUACUAAGAUAUUUUCUGUAUUUCUUUUGGAAUAAUGUAGAAUUGAUGACAUGUUGACAGGAAAAGGGGCCCCUGGAGUUUAAUUUCAGAAGUGCAUUGUACAAAAAUUCCAAACUUUAAUUUGGCAGAUUUUCUGAAUCCGCCAAUCUGUCAAAUUAAAACGGGCCCCUGAUAGCAUUAACAUUGGUCUCGUAUAUGUCAUACAAUUGAUAUUUGAAACGCAACUAAUAACUAUUCAAACUUAUGAUCGGACAUUACUAUGAUAUUACUUUAUUACCUUGAAGUACACAUCAUACUUCUGUCCAAUAAGUUCUCUUCUGUUCUAUAAGUAUAAAUACCUUACAUUUUGGGUAUUUUCUGUUAUUUUAUCACAUAUUACCGACUUAGAAAUGUGUUUAUAUUUUUAUACUGUAAUCUGGCCAGUCCCUGAAUACCUGUAGUCCAAGAAAGAGCUAUUUCUGUAAGUUCUAUGUGUAAACCAUUAAUUAUGUAGUCCAAUUAUUUUGCCAGGUGGCAAAAUGUUUAUAUCUCUUAAUUAUCAACAUGCCUCAUAUUAUCCAUCAUAUAGUAAGUCUUAAAUGCCAAAUUAUAUUACUGUAAAUUGCCAUAUUAUGUGAAAUGCCAUAGUGUGAAAUGCCAUAUUGUGCAAAGUGCUAUAUUAUGGAGAAUGCCAUAUUAUGUCAAAUGCCAUAUUGUGUAAAGUGCUAUAUUAUGGGGAAUGCCAUAUUAUGUUAAAUGCCAUAUUGUGUACAGUGCUAUAUUAUGGGGAAUGCCAUAUUAUGUCAAAUGCCAUAUUGUGUAAAGUGCUAUAUUGGAUGGGGAAUGCCAUAUUAUGUUAAAUGCCAUAUUGUGUACAGUGCUAUAUUAUGGGGAAUGCCAUAUUAUGUCAAAUGCCAUAUUGUGUAAAGUGCUAUAUUAUGGGGAAUGCCAUAUUGUGUCAAAUGCCAUAUUGUGUAAAGUGCUAUAUCAUGGGUAAUGCCAUAUUAUGUUAAAUGCCAUAUUGUGUAAAGUGCUAUAUUAUGGGGAAUGCCAUAUUAUGUCAAAUGCCAUAUUGUCUAAAGUGCUAUAUUAUGGGAAAUGCAGUAUUAUGUCAAAUGCCAUAUUGCUUAAAGUGCUAUAUUAUGGGGAAUGCCAUAUUAUGUCAAAUGCCAUAUUGUGUAAAGUGCUAUAUCAUGAGUAAUGCCAUAUUAUGUCAAAUGCCAUAUUGUGUAAAAUGCUAUAUUAUGGGGAAUGCCGUAUUAUGUUAAAUGCCAUAUUGUGUAAAGUGCUAUAUUAUUGGGAAUGCCAUAUUAUGUCAAAUGCCAUAUUGUGUAAAGUGCUAUAUUAUGGGGAAUGCCAUAUUAUGUUAAAUGCCAUAUUAUGUUAAGUGCUUUAUUACGGGGAAUGCCAUAUUAUAUCAAAUGCCAUAUUGUGUAAAUUGCUAUAUUAUGGGGAAUGCCAUAUUAUGUCAAAUGCCAUAUUUUGUAAAGCGCUAUAUUAUGGGGAAUGCCAUAUUAUGUCAAAUGCCAUAUUGUGUAAAGUGCUAUAUUAUGGGGAAUGCCAUAUUAUGUCAAAUGCCAUAUUUUGUAAAGCGCUAUAUUAUGGGGAAUGCCAUAUUAUGUCAAAUGCCAUAUUGUGUAAAGUGUUAUAUUAUGGGAAUGCCAUAUUAUGUCAAAUGCCGUAUUGUGUAAAGCCCCAUAUUAUGGAGAAUGCCGUAUUAUGUCAAAUGCCAUAUUGUGUAAAGUGCUAUAUUAUGGGGAAUGCCGUAUUAUGUCAAAUGCCAUAUUGUGUAAAGUGCUAUAUUUUGGGGACAGCCGUAUUAUUUCAAAUGCCAUAUUGUGUAAAGUGCUAUAUUAUGGGGACUGCCGUAUUAUGUCAAAUGCCAUAUUGUGUGAAGUGCUAUAUUAUGGGGAAUGCCGUAUUAUGUCAAAUGCCAUAUUGUGUAAAGUGCUAUAUUAUGGGGAAUGCCAUAUUAUGUCAAAUGUCAUAUUGUGUAAAGUGCUAUAUUGGAUGGGAAAUGCUAUAUUAUGUCAAAUGCCAUGUUGUGUAAAGUGCUAUGUUAUGGGGAAUGCCAUAUUGUGUGAAAUGCAUUAUUGUAUUUUACUAUACUAUACUGUACGAUACUUAUUACUUGUAUUUGUAUUUCUAGCCUUUCUGGCUCUGUUUACUUGUCUGUCUGUGUG